CCUCCUCCAUCACUACCUCCCUUGCGACCAUCAGCACUUCUAGUACAAUCAUCACCCCCAGCCCCACCACCUCCACCAUCACUUCCUUUACCACCUCUUUCUACUCCUUCUCCUCCUCCACUACCGCAAUCCCCAUCACUGCCGCCGUCGUCACUGCCACCGCCACCACCACCGUUACCUUCACCACCACCACCUCCUCCUCCAUCUCCUUCGCUGACACCGUCCCCGCCGCCGCCGCCGCCGCUAUCGCCACCGCCGCCUCCACCAGCGCCCCUCCGCUCCGCCUGGGCCGCGGAGUGCUCUCAGUGCUCUCAGCAGCCCGCGCGCGAGCGGACGCAGCUGCAGCGAUGGCGCCCGUCGAGCGCUCGUGGCUCCGCGCGUGGGCGUGUGUGGUGGCGUGGGCGGGGGCGGCCGCGGCCGCCGGGCUGUGCUCGGACGGCGCCGCCUUCCACUCGCUCGUGGCCGGCUUGAACGCGUCGGGCCACUGGAGCGCCGCGCUCGACCUGCAGAAGGACGCGCGCCUGCAGCAGCCGCGCGCCGACGCCCUGCGCCUCGACGUGCGCCCCGCGGCCUCCCUCUGCGGCGACGUGCGCACCGUCGCCAUGACGGUCGAGCUGCGAGGGUCGUCGCCCGUGAUCCACAUCGCGAGCACUCCCCCGCCCGACGCGUCGUCGGGCGCGCGCGCGGCGGCGCCUCCGGCCGAACUCGGGUACGCGCGCGCGCCGCCGUCGCCGGGCUUCUACAAGGUGCAGGCGCGGCGCGUCAACUGGCGCGAGGCGCAGGCGGCGUGCGAGGCCGAGGGCGCGCACCUGCUGGUGGUGGAGACGCCGCAGGAGGCGCAGGCCGUCGCCUUCCUGCUGCGCCAGCACGCGCCGCCCCACGCGCUCUCCCGGACGCUGCACGCCGGCUUCUUCGCCACCGACGCCGUCUACUUCUCCGUCUACGGCGAGCCCUUGAGCGACCUGCAGUACCAGCGCUGGGCGGCCGGCGAGCCGCGGCACGUGGACAUCUGCGGCGCCGUGGACCACGCGGGCCAGCUGCACGACGCCUUCUGCAGCUGGAACGUGCGCCGCAGCUUCGUGUGCGAGUACGGCGGGCCGCCGGCGGGGGCUGCGCGCGGGGCGAGACGCGCCGUCCGCCACCCGCACCCCACCGCCACGCCCACCUCCGCCGCCCACGCCCCCGCCCCCGCCCCCACAGACAGCGCGCCCUUCACGCGCGUCGCCGGCGCGGGCUCCUUUCAGGUACGCGGCACACGAGGGCGCUUCUCGCAGGGCGGACCCGCACAGGUGGCUCAGAGCAUCUAA